UCAAAAAAACGGUCCGGAAAAUGGGAGGCGCAACGUCAAAGGAUAAUGGUGACCUAUUGACAAUUCUCGAAAACGAUGAAGCAGAAUGCCUCGUACCGUUCGUUGCUCUCCCGUCAGAACGAUAUGAGAGCGAUGAAAGAAUCUUCAAGGAAGAUACCAUGUUGGAUAGGAGAAAGAAAAGGAAUCUGCUGCACAUUGCUUCCAUACUGUCUGCUACCAAAUGCGUAAAAUUGCUGGUCAAUUCACCGUAUUUUUGGGAUCCGGAUAGACUGGAUGCGAAAGGUUGGACUCCCUUGCAGAUAGCGGAGGAUCGCGAUGACCUGUCAACUUUGUACGAGCUGGCUGUACACUCCCGAGAAUUGCGUCACUUCAAACCAACCAUUCCGACAGACGGAGGCAGACAAUUUGUUUCCAGCUGUCUUGUGUGGCCUCAAGAUGUGCUGUUGGAUCCAUUUGAUAUGAUUGAAUUUUAUCUUCCUACACUAAGGGGAAUCGGGCGAGGAGUCACGCCCUAUCUUACUGUCAGAACAUCUAAGACCGGCCUAUCGGGUCGCUCCAUGGCACUGCUCUUCGAAUUGCUCCUGGCCAAUCCUUACAUGUCUACAGUCACAGCGCUUGUCGGGAACGUGGACCAAGAUCCGUUCUCCAACAACGCCGAUUGUGAGGCAAGUUGCUUGUGGCCAAUGCAACCUAUCGAGGUAUCCUACAUCUCAGACCACGACGAUCAAUGCCAAAUAUAUCCAGACUGUCUCUUUCGCAGCUGGAUGCUCUCAUUCAACUAUCAGGAUGACUUCUUCCAAGCAUUCAAAGAACUCUACAACAUUUGGAAGUUUCACCGAUUUGCGGGAAGCUACUCCGAAGAAAAUGAGAACAUCAAGGCUCGUCUCAGUCCAAUCACACUGCUGUCUGCUUGCCGAGUUGCAAUAAGACGUCAUCUUGUGAACAAGACUUUUCCGUCCAUUCCAGAUUCGCAAGCGUGUAUUUAUCCCAACUACGUUCGUCACGUGCUCCAACUUGGUUUACCACAAAUCUUAACAGACUUCCUUCUAUAUCGUGAAAUGUGGCCAGACACUGAGUGGACCGAACAGCCUCGGUGGAGAGAUCGAAAAAAACGCCGACCCCGCGAAGUGAAAUUGGACGCACAUGGACCUGGAUAUGUUGUGGACAACGGAUUCAUUCCCAACCUCAGAAUUCCAUGUAAUGCAUUGCCGUUCAAAUAUACCGGAAUUCAAAAGUAUUCUGAAGGUAAAAGAGAAGCUGAACUUGAGAAAACAAUUCGAGGCAAAGCCUAUUGGGAUGUUAGAUUGCCAAAUCUUUUGGGGAAAAGCAUGUUGUUCGGUUGA